AUUUUAAGAGCAAACUGCAGCAAAACAGAGAUAAAUUUGCCAGCGAACGGGAUUGAAAUGAUUUAAAUCGCACGCUUACUCACAAUCGCGUAAAACUUUAGUCCGUGUUUAUUAUAUUUUUUUGUAGCAUAGCUGUUGAACGUGAAGUGCAAUUGCAGUUAUAUAAAAUCGCGGAACUGUAACUGCAUAUUUACAAGUGGAGAUUCCUUAACCUAGAGCCAUGGGUCAGAUUGUGGGCUCCAUGCAUAUGAAUGUGGCCGAGGUGUUUGGCAACCGGCGGAAACGGAAGCGCAGCACGGACUCCUCGUUGGGCAAGGAUGAGCAGGCACAGCUGGAUACCACACAGCCCAAAAAAAAGAAGCUUCUUACCACCACGCAGUACAUAUACAAGGCCCUUUUCAAGGAGGAGAAGAACUCGGACGUGGCUGUCAUGGCUCUGGAUAAAGUCUGGCACCUGCACAAGGUCUAUCUGAGCCAGAGCCCCUACUUCUACACCAUGUUCAAUGGGACGUGGCGGGAGGCGCAGCAGAACUUCAUUCAGAUCGCGAUUCUCGACGACCGCAUCACAGUGGACAGCCUGGAUGCUGUCUUUGGAUCUAUGUACUCUGACGAGAUUGAGAUUGAGUCGGCCGAUGUCAUUUCGGUCUUGGCCACGGCCACGUUGUUCCACUUGGACGGGAUCAUCGACAAGUGUGCCGAGGUGAUGAUCGACAACAUUAGUCCGGAGACAGCCAUUCAGUACUAUGAGGCCGCCUGCCAGUACGGCGUGGUGGGUGUGAAGAAGUCCACCUUCCAGUGGUUCCAGAUCAAUCUGCUGAGCAUCUACAGCAAGCAGCCAAACCUGCUGAGGCACAUCUCAAUCGAACUGAUGAGCGCCCUGACUGCCAGCCCAGAUUUGUACGUGAUGCAGACGGAGUUCUCGCUGUACACACUGCUGCGGACAUGGAUGUUCCUGCGGCUGCAUCCCGACCACGAUCCAGAGGACCCAGUGCAGCGGGCUGAGGCGGUGAAGACGCAGGAGCGGCUGGUCAAUGCCGGCGUUGAAACGCACACGCCCAGCGGCGAUGUCGUCCAGUGGGUAUACUUCACCAGCCGUAUGGAGGAGCGCUCGUUCCUGGCCACGCCCGAGGGCCAGCCUUAUGUGAGGGUCUUCCAGAAGCUACGAACCCAGUACCUGACCAACCACUACAUGGAUCUGAAGAUCAUCUACAAUGACAACAUCAUACCCAAGGAGUGGCUCUACAGGCACAUCCACAACCACUGGGAUGCUCUACUGCGAAUCGAUCACGGGCAGGAGGAUUGCAGUCCCCAGCAGCUGGACAAUGAUCAGUUCUUUGAGAAUUGCAUGCGCUGCGGGCGCAUGUUGCUCGAGCCUGGCUACCAGAAGUGGCGCUGGACGGGCUUCAACUACGGCAUGGAUCUCAUCCUGAUAAUGGACUCGCGCAGACUGCACAUUCGUCGCCACCACCGGCACGAGCACGAGCGUGUGCUCAGUCUGCAGACAAAGAGCAAGUUCAUGGUCCGCACCACGGUGACCUCGAUAAAUGCCCAGCGCCAGGCCGUGUUCACCCAGACGUCCGAGAUCUGCUCGCUUAGCCUCGAGAAGAACGAGGAGGUGCCGCUGAUGGUGCUGGAUCCAAAGCUAGUACAUCCACUGCUUAUCUCCAUCAACAUGCUGGUGGUGAUGCCGCCCAAUCAGAGUUUCAAGGAGAUUGUGCCGCUCAGCGAAGAGGGGACGACUUCGCUGUCCAUACCCAUUGCUGAGAUCGGAGCGGACUGUGAGCGACCGCUGACUCCGUCCAGUGCCGACGAUUCGGCCGUCUUCAUAGGCGACUCGGAACCCUCGACGCCAUCCUCGCCAGCUCCACGGCCAAGGAUCGCUUGGUCAGCUAGUGACACGGAUGGCGCCUACGGCCAAUUGGCGUGCUGAGCACGAUCAUCGUCGAAGCAGUCCACCAACAGGAACACGAACACCAUUACCAGUACCACCACUACCACCAUUUUCUGUUCAUUUACCCGCAGAGGCCGGGACUCGUUGUAGUUGUAAUUGUAAAUUCGUUUUUCGCCAUCGCGAUUAGCUACGGCCAAUCGAACUGAUCCAGACGUUUGUACAUUUAACAUGAGCAUAUCGGCGAUCGUUUCGAUAUGCGCAGAUCAAUAUUUUUGUAUAUCGUUUACAUCAUUAGUAUCAUGUAACAAUGCUUAACGUCAUCUACUUGUUUGGAGUAGACGCACGCUCUCGUGCCCUCGCACUAUGUAGAUGUAUAUGUUGCAUAUAGUUUAUAAAUUCGGAGUUUUAAAAUUGUUAUGUUUAAGUAACAAGAUACGCUGCAACAAAUUAAUGAUUUAAGCGUCUUCGAAUCCUGUAAGUUCAACGCAUAUAAUUACUUUCCCUAACACGUUUUUUACUCGCUUCAAUACGCACAAUUAAAGUAACAAUUACUUUGAGUGAUCAUUUAUAUUAAAGAAUGCAACUAAUUCAAACGGC